AUGGGCAGCACAGAGGUGGUGUUCCAGACUACCGAAUUGAUCCAACAGGUGUGUGGGAGGUUGCAGAUUGUGCAGAGCCGACGGAAGAGUUAUGCUGAUAGGCACCGAUCGUAUUUGGAGGUUCAAGUCGGGGACAUGGUACUCCUGAAGGUAUCUCCUUGGAAAGUUGUCAUCUGGUUAAGGAAGCGAGGAAAGCAGGGGCCCAUAUAUAUUGGCCCUUUCAAGGUUAUCGCCUGGGUGGACAGGGUUGCUUAUCGUUUGAAGUUACCCGAGGAGCUCAAUCAGAUUCACAUCACUUUUCAUGUCUCUCAGCUGUGGAAGUGCUUGGUCGAUGAUUCCAUAAUGGUUUCGUUAGAGGAAAUUCAUGUGGAUGAGUGCAUGAACUACAUAGAAAUACCGAUUGCGAUCCUCGAUAGGAAGACGAAGACUUUGCAAAACAAGGAAGUGGGUUUAUUAAAGGUGCAACGGCAGCACCAGAAAGGCUCAAAGUGGACAUGA